CACGCGCACCGGAUCGUUACCCACUCCGCUUGCACGCGCUUUUUAUACCGGAUCACAGUCUAACCUAAACUCAAAACGAGUCUCUUUUAUAUACAAAUAUAUUAGAUAUAGGAUAUAAUAUAAUAUAUAGAUAUUUUAUUGCGUCAAAACCUAUAACUCAUCUCCGUGAGUAGAACCACUUUUUUUUUGACCUCCACAACCACCGGACACGGAAAGUUACCCUUGACCCAUGCUGAGGAGGACUUUAAAGGCAGGUACGAACGGAAUUGAAUUUCUUCUGAAUACCGGACCGACACUCCCUAAGCGUGAAAAAAAAGCGCCUGUGGAAUUUGUAGUCAGCGCGGAAGAGACACAUCCCGCGUGCAAAUUGAAUCUUUCCGCGCUCGGAGCGAGAGAACGGCGUGCGCGCGCAGCGGAGCCAAACCGCAAAGCGUGCGGGAAUUAGGAAGGGGGGUGAAACGGACGGAGAUACAGCCGGUUGUUCCCAUUCAGAUCAGGCGAAUUGAGGAAGAGCCUGAUGUGGCUCCCAGCGGCACAGUUUUACUGCACUGAUCUCUCGUGUCACUGGGAGCGCGAAUCUCCCCCGGGAUUGUGCGCGUGAGGCCUCGGCGCCGUGUUUAGACUGGACCGGCGAGUGCUGGAAACAGGUGGAUCUGACCAAGAUGUCCGUGCUGCCUUCAAGGUUCAGCUACGUGUGUUUACAUUUUCUGAUCCUCUACUUCCAGUUACAGGAGUCGCACCAGAGUACUGCAGACUUCCGCUUCUACAUUGAGACCCCCGCACAUGAUGAUGUGAGUCGGAAACAGGUGCGGAUAUACCAGCUGUACAGCCGGACAACAGGGAUGCAUGUACAGAUCCUCGGCAAGAAGAUCAAUGCUAACGGAGACGAUGGGGGCAAGUACGCUCUCCUUGUUGUUGAGACAGAGACAUUUGGGAGUCAUGUUCGAAUAAAAGGGAAAGAAAGUGGCUACUAUAUCUGCAUGAACAAGAAUGGCAAAAUUAUUGGCAAGCUCAAUGGGAGUAACCCGGAGUGUGUGUUCGUGGAGGAGUUCUUGGAAAACAACUACACGGCAUUAGUGUCUGCCAAGUACAAAGGCUGGUACCUGGGCUUCAACCGCCGCGGUCGGCCCAAGAAAGGCUCACGGACCACACAGACACAGCAGGAAGUACAUUUCAUGAAACGUGACCCUAAGGGCAAGAUGGACCCUCAGGAGGAGUUCCGUUUCACUACUGUAACGAAACGGACGCGUAGGGCACGGCGCUUAAGGCCAAACCACAAAACAAACUGAAGUGACACAGACCAAGCAUGCACUCUACCUUUACAGACAUCUCAAACUUCUUGCCUUAAACCAGUAUAACGGUUAUUGUGAUUAAGCAGCAGGAGAGGAAACCUGAAAGAUGGCUACAGGACAAAAAAAGACAAAAAGCUUAAAAAAGUUCAAAGAUGUUUUAUUUUUAUAUUUUUGGAUCUCUGAGUCUCUCUUAGGUGUUGAAUGUCUCUGGGUUAUCAUUAAUGUUAUAUUGUGUCUGUUACUCUUUGUUAUUUAUGUUGGACAAACUAUGGAUGACAAAAAAGGAACUAAAGUGGUCUCCCACUUUGACGAGUUUACAGCAGCAGGCAUCCUGUUGAAAAGGAAAGAUGUGACUCCAAUAACCAAGAAAAAAACUUCUAUAUAUCAUUUUGAAUUGGCCCAAACAACAAGAAUCGUUUUUUUCCCCCUUGCUGGAAUGGGCUAUGAUUUAAACACAUGAGGAGCAUGAUAAUAGGGUCACAUGGCAGGACUCUGUACCAGCUUCAUCACAGGCCAACACUAGCUUUGAGUGCAAUAUUUUCAAGAGCCCUCCAUGAAGCAUCUCAUCACCUUCAGUUCUGCUCACUGAUUUUUCUGUGAGAAGUCUGAGUGUUCUCUAGGCCUGUCUGCGGGUGAAGUGUGCUUAAUCACACCCAGCAAUUGUAUGAUUCCUUUUACAUUUUUGUGCAACCUGUGAUUCAGCAGCUCACAACAUGCUUUGACUAGCCAGGUAUCAGCAUCAGCUAUGGCGGUAGUGCUUGUUAAAACAAAUGAAGAGAAGCUGGGAGUUGAAGGGACUCGAAGAGCAUAACAAAGUUGAUUUGAUGAGAACCUUUCUGACCUUUCUCUCUGUACUUUGGUGAAAGGUUUACAAGAAUGCACUGUGGUGACAGUGGACCUGAUACGCAAACACUAGCACACACGUAUGUACUUCUUUUUUUUUAUUUUAAAAUGUUACAAGAAUUCAAUAGGAAUAUACAGUAGUUUUUUUUAAGAAGAAGAAUUACAACAAAAUCAGUUGUAAGGCUAAUAGUCAUUUUUCUCCCCUCUGCCAAUUUAAUAUGCUGUUCUCAGAACCUUCUUUCAUUCUACAGGUAUACCUAUCAGGUUAUGCUGUAUUUCAGAUUUGCAUUUGUAAACUCCAUCUAUGAUGGUUUAGACAACAUCAUGCUGUACAUGUACUUAUGUCCACUAAGGCUUUAUACCUGACCAAUCUGAUUCAAACCACACCAGGGAAGGUGGAACACCUUUCACUAAACUUACCUGUGCUAAGGUUUGCCCUUCAUAUGGGUGUCACUGUAGUGUAAACAAAUCUAUAUAUUCCUUUGUCACAUGACAGGUUUUUGUAAGAGAUACUACUAACAAACAUGACACAUGUAUGGUUUUAAAAAAACGUAUGCAAAAAAAUAAUUUUAUGACUAUUAUAAAAAAUAUUUAUUGCCUUUCUUUGUAAAUACAACCUGAUGAAUUUAUUUGACUUCCUAAUAAAAAU